GUAGCGCCCAGGGCGCGUGGGCGGCACCAGGGUCAGCUGUUCCGCGUCCGCCCCGCCCAGUGCCCGGGUCCUAUAAGUGUGGCCCCAGCCUCGGAGCCCUGCGUGCGGAGUGGCCGGGCGGUGCGGAGCAUGGCCUGGAACACCAACCUCCGGGUGCGGCUGCCCGUCACCUGCCUGAUCCUGCAGGUGGCGAUGGUGGUUCUCUUCGGCGUGUUCGUGCGCUACGAUAUACAGGCGGAUGCCCACUGGUGGUUGGAGAAGAAGCUUAAGAACAUCUCCAGCAACAUUGAGAACGACUUUUACUAUCGCUACCCGAGCUUCCAGGACGUGCACGCCAUGGUCUUCGUGGGCUUCGGCUUCCUCAUGACCUUCCUGCAGCGUUACGGGUUCAGCGCCGUGGGCUUCAACUUCCUGCUGGCAGCUUUCGGCAUCCAGUGGGCGCUGCUCAUGCAGGGCUGGUUCCGCUUCUACGAAGGAGGCCACAUUAUCCUGAGCGUCAAGAACAUCAUCGAAGCUGACUUCUGUGUGGCAUCUACCUGUGUGGCCUUUGGGGCAGUUCUAGGCAAGAUCAGCCCAGUCCAACUGCUUAUCAUGACCUUCUUCCAAGUGACCCUCUUCACAGUGAAUGAGUAUAUCCUCCUGAACCUGAUAGAGGCAAAGGAUGCAGGGGGCUCUAUGACCAUCCACACAUUUGGCGCCUACUUUGGGCUCACAGUGACCUGGAUCCUCUACCGAAAAAACCUGGAGCAGAGCAAGCAGAGACAGAGUUCUGUGUACCACUCGGACCUUUUUGCCAUGAUCGGCACCCUCUUCCUGUGGAUAUACUGGCCCAGCUUCAAUUCAGCCAGUUCCUCCCACGGAGACACCCAACACCGAGCAGCUCUCAAUACCUACCUCUCCUUGGCGGCCAGUGUACUAACCACAGUGGCAGUGUCCAGUAUCAUUCACAAGAAGGGCAAGCUGGACAUGGUGCACAUCCAGAACGCUACGCUUGCAGGCGGGGUGGGCGUGGGCACAGCCGCGGAGAUGAUGCUCACGCCUUACGGCGCCCUCAUCGUGGGCUUCUUCUGUGGCAUCUUCUCCACCCUAGGAUUCGCGUACCUAUCGCCAUUCCUGGAGUCCCGCCUGCGCAUCCAGGACACGUGUGGCAUUCACAACCUGCAUGGCAUCCCUGGCAUCAUAGGUAGCAUCGUGGGUGCUGUGACAGCGGCCUACUCCUCCCCUGAUGUGUACGGAGAGCCAGGGAUAGUCCACACAUUUGGCUUUGGGGGCUCUAAGGCGGACGAGACCAGGAAAAUGCAGGGCAGUUCCCAGAUAUUCGGCCUCCUUCUGACCUUGGCCAUGGCCCUGGUGGGCGGCAUCAUUGUGGGACUCAUUUUGAAAUUGCCAUUCUGGGGACAAGCUGCUGAUGAAAACUGCUUUGAGGACACCAUCUACUGGGAGAUUCACGAAGAGGUGAACAGUGUUGUCUACAUUCCUGAGGACCUCGCCCAGAAACAUCCUGCUCCUGUGGUACACUCAAUACCCUUGGUACUUCCAACACCUUCAGCAUCCUUGGUUGCUCCAGUACCUCCUACACCUCCAGUAUCCUUAGCAACUCCAAUACCUUCAGCAUCUUUAAUACCCUAAGUUCCCAAGGCAGGUGAGAAGCAGGUAAGCCUUGUGGUCUUUAGGGGAUGGUGGUCUGGUUCUCUCAAUAGAGGUGUAGGUCUCAGAGCCAGAUGCCAUAGUAAAGGAGCAAAGAGCAAUCAUCAAGAUAGGAAGGUGUGAGCUCUCCUGCCCCUGAGGUGGGAUAGGCAGGCUAGACUGGAGGAACAUACAGAAAGAGACCCAGGGGUAUAGUUGGCUUUCUCACUGCUUGCUGCUGUGUGACUUGGAGAUUGGGCUUCCGUUUCCUCAUCUAUGACCUGGCUUUGCUUGGUUAGAUCAGGCUAGACCGUCCUUUUUCCUUCCCCUCUACAGAGCACAUCAUAUUGAUGAGGUGCUGUAAUACCAACCAACCCUUGAGAAAUUUCCAUGAAGCAGGGUAAUUUUUCCCCCUCUUGUUCAUAUCCGAGGCUAGCCCGGAACUAAGCAUCCUCCUGCCUCAGUCAAGUGCUAGGAUUACAGAUGUGUACCACCACAACCAACCACCCCCAACCCCUUUUAAAGGCAGGAUCUCAGAUAUCCCAGGCUGUCUUUGAACUCACUAUGUAGCCAAGGAUGACCUUGAACUCCUGAUCAUCCUGUCUUACCUCCCAAGUGCUGGAAUAACAGGUGUGUCCCACUACACCCAUUUUAUACAGUGCCGGCAUCAAACCCAGAGCUGUGUGCAUGUUGGGUAAGCAGUCCAUCUUCUUAAAUUAAGGCACAGGAUUCAAGCCACAUGGCUAACAGGUGAGGGAACUGAGGUCUUUCAAGGCCGUUGUCAUUGAGCUUAUAAACAUUUGCCUUCCUUGGAGACCAGAGCUUGGAAGUAGCUGGUUCUAGGGUAGGCGACAAAGGGACAUGUCAGGAGAGAAGGUUUUAGAGAGGACCAAAGCCAGACUGUGGCCAUUGCUGCUGGUGUCCACCUCCUCCAGAAAAAGAACAGCUCCCAGGAGGCUGCAGGAGGGACACGCCCACCUCCUGUUGUCCUCCUUUCCCUGCAGGCUUCAAAGACUGUCCCCAAGCUCUGGGAAGAGCUGGAGCGACCUACCUGGGGAUGCAGGAGCAGGACAGCUGAAAGGCCUGCUGACCUGGCUCCAGCACCUCCCACACCCCCUUCA